AUGGACGCCCAAGAUGAAGGGUCUAGUCUGAUAUUCAUCGUUCUAGGUGUCCUGCUCGCCUUUUAUCUCUUACUCUCGAGCGAACGGGUCGAACCAAACUUGAAACACAUCCGACCGAUAGGACACUCCAGCUAUCUCCUUUCAUACAUCGACGCGUUAAAGUUCCUCUACACCGGCCCAGCUCUCCUGCGGGGAGGAUACGAAAAGUUCCAGCCGAGAAUAUUCAAGAUAUCGACGUUGAACCGAUGGCUCGUCGUCAUCACCUCAACGCAGCACAUCGAGGAGCUUCGGAAAGCGCCUGAGGAAGAGGUGGCUUGUAUCGUCCCCGAUGAUGACGCCGACGCACUGCUGUUGUCCCUCGUUGGCCACUACGAUACCCCGCUCUCGGAAGAUACCCAGACGCUCGUCAGACUAAUGACCCAGUCGUUGACAUUUAUGAUUCAAGAUUUGCGUGAAGAGAUAGUGGCGAGCCUUAGUGGAGCGAUACCUACCCCAGAUAUUUCGACCGGAUGGUCAGAAAUAGAUGCUCUGGAUUUUGUUCUACACGCUGAAGUGCACGCUGUUCUCGCUAGGUGGUCGUACUUACCUUCGCCUCUAGGCCGUGCCACCGACUACAAGCACCUCUGCGUCGAGGUAACUCGUCUCGCAUUCGAACGGCGCUCCCAUGUUCUCCCGCUGCUGGUUCCUGGAUUCUUCAAGAGAGUUAUUCGGUUCUUCAGCAAAUCCUACCGCAACAAGAAACGACUCAGAAGGAUAUUCAUGACGAUGCUCAAGGAGCGGAAGGCACUGACUGUAGGCAUCGAACCUCCCAGUCCCCGAAAGGUGAAAGUGCAGAACGAUAUACUUUCAAGUAUCCUGCAAGACUCUCCGCUGGAUUCGUCGAUUUUCAAUUCCCUCUUCGAGUUGAGCCUUAAUGCCAACGAAUCGUUAUCACUGACUUUCCUGCACGUUCUAUACCACCUCGCAGCGAACCCGAAGUACGCAUCGCCAAUGAGGAAGGAAAUCGAGAGCAUCGCGAGUCGGGAGGGCUGGACCAAGGCAUCAUUAGAGAAGAUGCGAAAGGUGGACGGCUUCGUGAAGGAAUCGAUGAGAGUGAGCGGCGUAUCGUGUGUAACAAUGAUACGCAAGACUCUCCAACCCUUUAUGUUCUCUGACGGGACUACUCUGCCCACCGGCACCGUCCUCUGUGUAGCUUCCGACGCUCGGCACCUCGACCCACACCUCUCCUCUUCCUCUUCCUCCUCUUCCUCUCCCGAAGUCUUCGACGGCUUCCGCCACUCCCGCCUAUACGAACACCACUACGGGGACUCCUCCCCCUCCUUCACUACGCCCACGAGCGGCGCCAGCUGGGGCACAGGCGGCACGGGCGGGUCGACGCGCUUCCAGCUCACCACAGCGACGCCGGACUACCUCGCGUGGGGGUACGGCCGGCACGCGUGCCCGGGGCGGUUCUUCGCUGCCGUGGUACUGAAAAUGCUCCUCGCGCAUGUGGUUUUGGGGUAUGAUGUGCGGUUUGAGGAUGGGAUGAGGCCUGAGGAUGUGGUGGAUGGUGCAAGGAGGGUGCCGAACCCGAGGGCAAGGGUUCUGUUUAGGAAGAGAUGA